AUGGAUAUUACACCUACAACAUCUGAAGAACGUGGACGUUCACCAAAGUCUUAUGAAGAUCUACCAGAGAAAUCGAAAAAAAGAAAGAAUAUGGAAUUGGUACAAGAAUAUGGACUCGAGUAUAUACAUAAUGCAUACGUUCAAGGAUUGUGGGCUGAAGGAGAAAUCGAAGAAGCUACUGUUGUUUCAAUGAUGCGGAAUUAUGAAAGAAAUGAAAAAAGGAUCAUGAAGGAAAAAUUAUUGCAUGAAAGUUGCAAUGGAAGAGAUUUUUCGCAGGAUAGAAACAGUCACUUACGGCAAGAUGGCGGACUUUGUUUCGAAAUUCCGCCUUGGGAGCUUCAAUCUGUUGAAAUCGAGCAACAUUUGGGACGAAUCAAGUAUACUUUGGGUAACAGUACUACUGAGCGACGUAAUAAUAUAGGGCAGAGCCGAAUAGUGUUAGUAAAUCGCGAAGUAAACCGAUACGUGGACACAGUUAUAGCUCCAUUUCUCGACACGUACCAUGGAAACAUACAGAACUCAUAUCAGCAGCUCACGAACAAAAUCUUGAAACGGAUCAAGGACGAAAUAAACGUGGCGCUGAAGAAGAAACACAAAAUCUAUACGGAGCUCAACGAUUUAGCGGACUCUUUGAAAGUUCCAGAAACGUGUAAGGAAGAACGUCGAGCUGCUAGAACAGAGGCUAGUAAGCAUGUUGCUCUAAUAUAUAAAUGUACAGAGGCAGCUAGGUCGUCGAUAUCAAAAAUGGGCAAGUAUGCGAAGGAAAUGAUCGGUAUCACACGUAAUCACAUGGAGAAUGCGCUGGCGCUAGUCGGAAAGAAAAUGGAACAGUCCCAAAUGAUAGCUAAGUCGAAUGUAACAGUUUCUCUUAAAGAAUUGUCCAAAGCAGCUGUAUCGUUGGGAUACGAACUAGAUCUUAGUCUGACAAACGCGAGGCGUCACAACGAGCAGUCUUGUGAGAAGUUGACGAAUUGCUGCAACAAAGCGAAAAGAAGUACAGAGGAGGCUGUGAACGCUUUGCGUGAACGUUUGUAUCAGUGUGUUUAUGCUUGA